AUGGACAGCAGAGCCGCAAAAGGAAAUGUUCCACUGACACGCUAUGGAUCCGAUGACCGGGAGCCCUCUUUUCAGACUGGUUAUAAUACAUGUGAUAUGUCGCCUGCAUAUGGUAUCCCCUCUAGUAUGGGCACACAAGCAGUUAAAAGCGAUGGAAUUUAUGAGAAUAUUCCUCAGAUAGAAGACUCUGUAUAUGAUGAUAUCCUUGAUUUUAGGACUGAACCACCUGAAGUAAAUGAGCUUAUUAACACUGAGGAAGAAUAUGUUCACUCACUACAGCUUCUAGUUUUCCACAUUCAGCCCAAACUGGAGAAGAUCCCACAGGUUGAUGUCAGAAGUCUCCUAUGUAAUGCGAAUGAACUUCUUUCGGUCCAUGAGUCAUUUCUCAGUGAAUUAAAAGAUACGAAGAAUGAUGACCAAAACCAGCUUUGUCGUAUUGGAAGCCUUUUUCAGGAAUACAGCAGAGAUAUGGAAAAUGCAUAUGCAGUUUAUUGCAAUGGAUUUACAAGAUCUGCAUCACUACUUCAGAGUUACCAAGAAACACCUAUAAAUGAAAAGCUCCAGGAAAUUCUACAAAUUGUACAAAAUUUGGAUAGCGCUAAACAGUACAAAGACCUUUCCUUCUACCUGAUACAGCCCGUACAGCGUAUUACCAGGUACCCCUUGUUAUUGCGCAGUAUUCUGAAAAAUGUACCACAAAAUCGACAUUCACAAGAGAUACUUCAGAGGGCACUUGACACCAUGAAUGAGGCAAAUGUCAACAUCAAUGAAAACAAGAGGCGUAAAGAAAUUGCCUCCAAGUAUUUGCAGUCAGACCAGAGGACGUUGAGGGAAAAAAUAUCUCAGCUGAAUACCCACACUAUCAGCAAGAAAACGAACAGGUUAAGCACGUUUUUAAGACAACAGGCAGGCAUGUCUCCCAAGAAAGAAGACAAAGAAUUUGACAGCUUGGCUGAAAAGUUUUACAGACUGGCAAAUUUUGUUUCCCAGCUGGAAGAAAACUUAAUAAUAUAUGUAAGGAAUGUGGAGACAUUUCUCAGCAUUCAGCCUCAGACAUAUCCACUGGAGUACUUGCAGAGCACAAUGCAUCCUUUGCAGGCCUUCUCACAGGAACUCUGCGACAAUAUAUAUCUGGUCUUUAAGAGAAGGGUGCAGUUACUGGUCCUUCAGCCUAUAAGUAACCUUUCAGAAUGCUUAAAGGGACCAAAGAAUCUGAUCAGGAAAAGAGCAGACAAACUUUUGGACUAUGAAAACCUGGAGGAGAAAUAUAGUGAGACUGGUAAAAUGACAUGGGAAGAGGAGGAUAUUAUGAACAACUAUAAGAGCAUCCAUUCCAUGCUCAUGUCUGAAUUGCCGCAGUGUAUCUCCCUGUCCUGGCAGUGGCUUAAAAGCAUCUUGCUUACCUUCAUGGCCUUGCAGAAAGAUUUGUUCGAUCAAGGACAGCAUGUAGCAGAAACUCAAGCUUCACAGAUGCAAUGUAGCAUGGCCGCAGAGGCAAACUUCAAGAGAUGGGUAGAUGAUGGAAUCAGCCAAAUGGUUUCUCAGCUCAGUGAAUUCAUCCAAAAAUUUGAGGAGGAAUCAUUACCACCACCAACACAGGAGAACACACCAGUCAUGGAACGCCAAAUCCAGCAGCUACUGCAACGCUACAAACCUGAAAAACUCUACCAAGUAGUGAAUAGUUUUGCAAGCAGUAAGGAAAUGGAGCUAAGCCUCAGUCGUGGUGAUAUAGUGGCAGUCAUCCAGCUUGCUGAUAUAAAAGGAAACAGAAACCGAUGGCUGGUCGACACAGGAGCAUCUCGUGGAUAUGUACCGAGCAGCAAACUGCAUCCCUACCAAAUGGAACAGAGUACAAAUCGCUUACGUGUUUCACUUGAGUCAAACAAGACUGUUGAAAUGAGAAGACAUUCGCUUACACCUCAAGUUUGUCCUUAUCCAACCUCUCCAGGGUAUCUGGACACCAUUGAAACAUUUCAGAUUGUUGCUGGAUACCCAUUUACGGCUCGUAGUAAUUAUGAGGUCAGCAUUAUGGCUGGAGAGCCUGUGACAGUUCUGGAGCCGCAUGACAAAGAAGGACGCCCUGAAUGGAGCUUAGUGGAAGUGAGCGGACAGAGAGGCUAUGUACCCUCUAGCUACCUAGUUAGAGUACCUGUUAGCCGCAGGUCAUCGUUGGGUAAUUACACUCAGAUAAGCUAA